CCCCGGCGCUGGCCUGCCCUCUGCCCGCCGAGGCCGAGCGAGGCAAGAGGAGCUCAGUGGUGUGAGGUAGAUGGCUUUGUUGUCGCCCUGCUCUCCUGAGGAAGGUGAUUGCAAAACGCCGACUUUCACAAAAGAAACUCGCCCAGCUCAGUUGGCAGGAUCGUGAAUGGCCUUUAAAAGCAGGGCCUGGUCUUUACAGGUGGUUUUUGUGUUUUGAAAACCAGAAAGUGGAGCUGGCUUGAAGCAAGCAAGGCUGGGGAGGCUGCAGAGCACUGGCAGUGAGGGCCUGAGCUCUGCAAGUAGGCUUGUGAAGCAGGCCUACUGCAGCGUACUUACUAGUGCACUCAGAAGUUGCCUUUAAAACGUGAGGUCUGUACUGAGGAAAACCUAUUGCUUGAAAUAAGUGUGACCUGUUAUAUGAAUCAAUCUUACUUACAACAGGGCGGCAGAGUGAAUUCAUCGUGUAUUGUUGUCUCUUGCUUACUGUUGGACUUUGAUAGACCUAAUCUGUGAAGAUAGUUGAAGUUCUGCUCUGAAGGCUCUAAAUAACACGGUAAUGGCUCCACUACCAAAUGCUGAAUUAGUUCAGAGUUCUUUACAGUUAUAUCGUUACCUGCUUCGAUGCUGUAAGCAACUUCCCGAAGAGAACAUUCGUCAGCAUUACAGACAUGCAAUCAGACAGAGUUUCAAAGUUCAUGGGGAUGAAGACAAUCCUGAGCGAAUCCAGCAGAUUAUUAAAAGAGCCAUUGAAGAUGCUGACUGGGUCAUGAAUAAAUAUAAAGACCAGAAGUAGAAGAGGAAGGAUGAAGACAAAAGUGUCACUGGUAUACAUCCUUAGAAAACUUACCAGCAAAUAAGCCCAGUGUUACAGUAUAGAUAUUGCCUGCAGUUUUCCCCUAGAUAAUACAAGUAUAAUAACUUAUAUCUCAUUGGGACGUCAUGAAGCUAAAUUACUAUUUCUGAAGCUGUUUGAGGUUGUAGAUAACAAGGUACAGUCUAGGUUCAAAGUAUUGCCAUGUAUAAUCACAAACCUUAGCUUAAGGCCCAAACUUCCCAAAGAUUUGAGGAGCACAGAGAGCUUCUCGGGAAGCCUUCCUGCACAUAAUGUAGUGCAAUGCAAGUCAUUAACAAAUACUAAAUAGUGCCCUGUUUGCCAUUCAUAUCUGAUGAAUUACAGUCUCAUCUAAGAGAACUUAACUAGUAUCUAAGCAUAAAGAUCUAUACUGAAAGGCUGCAAAAUUGACAAAAUCUCACUGAGGGUCAGAGCAAAUUACUCUUUGCUUGAUUGUGGAGUACCUUAUAUUGUUAGGCCUGGAUCCAGCAUAUCAUAAUAAUAUUUGAUACACUUGUUAUGUCAAGUUGUUUAUUUGGUUCUUCUGCAUAAGUAUCAGUGGAUUUAAGAUCAUGUUCGAAUAAUGUUCUCAAUUAGGGUAUGUCAGUCUGUUGACAUCAGACUGUCCUCCAUCAGGACCAUAGAGUGAAAGGGAAGUUUGAUUGGAGGAAAGACAAGAUGCAUAAGCUACUGAACGGAGGUCAUGAGGGUUGUAAGCUCAUAUGAGACUUGAACCACAGUAUUUCCACUCCUGUUGAUAGUAAGAUUGGUUAGGCUUAUGUCAUGCCUGUCCCUGCUACAGGCAUCCCUUUGUUCUACUCCGUAGGUUUGUGCUUGAACUACCAGUCAUCCUUUUUUAUUUAAAGGUGGGUGCCUGUCCCCUGUGACCCUGACCUCUAAGCUCCCAUGGAAAGGGACACUAUUCAGCCAAGUUACAGGCACUCACUGAUAUGAUCACUGACAUGUGCAGUGUUGAACAAAUGUAGAUGCCAUCACAGUUUUUUGCAACAUGUAAUGUCCUUUAAAAAUGGGUGUCCAUGUCCUUUUUAAAAAGAGCCUCUUUUCACUGCCCUAAUAGAUUUCCAACAGGGAAAACUCAGAAGCAAUACUAGCUAUCUUAAAACUAGCUAGGAUAAUCUGAAGCUAAAGAGAAACUAGCUAUCUUAAAUUAAAUUAAUUGGGGGGAAAAGAGUUUCCUUUUGAAAUGUGACCUUUCUGUUUAUCUGUAGUUGGAACUGUCAGCCUCCAGGUGGCAGUGCAUGCUGCUAAUGCGCAUCUCAAGUCCUAAAGAUUUGAGGGUUGGGUUCAUUUGUUUCUGCUACUUUGAAUUUGUUGAGCUUCCUCACCUCCCAAAAUAUGACUCCAGUGCUAUACACAGCUCUCGUCUAGGCUCCAGAUUUUCUCUUUCAUUUCAAAGAAGCAAAAAUAAGUUUAGGUAGUCAAGAAGAAUUUCAGAUAAGUGCUAUAAAAGAAAUUGGGGCCAUAUAUGAAACUUUAUACCAUAAAGUGUUGUGUUAAACAGUUUCCUUUUCUCUGCUCAUCUUAACCCCUCCUCUUCAAGAAUUCUUGCCUCUGUUAUUUCUUUCUCUGCCAUCCCCUGCUACUGUUCCUCUUUCUAGUCCUGCAUCUUUCACGUCAUCUUACAUUCCCUCAGUUUUUAUCGCUCUUGUUCUACAUCUUCCUUGAUUCUUUCUCUCAUCUAGUCCCCCUACCACUUCCUUCUCUUCCUCAGAUCCUUUUCUGAUGUUUAUAGGAACAUCAAACCAUACUAAGGGCUUAUGCUAGGGCCGCUCUUCUGUUUAGUUUCAGAUACAAAGCAUGAAUGCGAUAGAGCUUCUCAACAAAGUUGGUGUAUGUUUUUCUUUAUAUGGGGUGAAACACAUUUUGCUUUCUCCUUAAAUACAUUUUUGGAAAGUGCAACCAUUUUGGUUUAAACUUUCCAGAGUAAUUUGAUGCAAGGUAAAGCAUGGAAAAUGUCAGCCUUGGCAGUUUACAGUAACAUAGAAACAUAGUUAUUGUAAACAUACUUUACAAUAAACAAUAGAAAACAGAAUGCUUUAAUAAAAAAGCUUAAACAGAUUUGAUGGUAGAUAUUGGAAUGUGCUACUUUCAAUCAAGAACAGACAAUAUUAUAAAUCAAGAAAUGAGCAAUAUUAUACUCCUGUUCUGCUAUAUAUAUUUUGUCUGGGGUACGGAGAUGCACUAAUAGCUUUAUAUCAGUGCUAUAGUGAAAACAUCAAGCCUCAAUAGGAAUAACAGUGUGUGAAAACAUGCUGUUUCCUGAACUCUGAAUGCGAUGUGCUCAACAGGCUCCAUUGCUAUAAUUGUCCAGCUUUACGUAACGUGAGAUAUAAUGUUUUAUUCAAUUACUUAAUAGGAUAAUUAUAUGUAUGUAAAUAAUUCUUACAUGCCUGUUGUUUAAUUUAUGGAUAGCUUGACAGGAAAAGCACCAAGGAGCUGGAAAGUGUAACCAUGACAUGUCUGCAGCUCCAAAGUCUGAGGUACCAAUUGAGAUGUGGGAACAUCAAACCAGAGGUGUGACAGUAGGUAGAUGUAACUCAUAUGGCAGGAGCAGGAUCUGUGAAUUUUAGUCUUCGGAAAUUGGUAGAGCGUGCGGUCCUUACUAGGAUGCAGAAGGGAACAUGGUUGUUGAGUCAGGGGAUAUCAUGACUAAGUAUUUUGACAGUAGUGAUUCAGUUGUAGGGCAUGAUGCGAUGUCUGAGUCAUUUUUUAUACAAAUAUAAUCUGAUUUUUCAGAAUAACACACCUUUUAGUAGAAUGGAAAUGUAAUGUGCAGAUAACUUUAUUUACUCUGUUAUGGAGCAGAUAAUUUUCUUGGCAGUGGGGAAAUGUGGUGCAAACAGCUAUUUACUUCCUUGUAAUAGUGAAACUUACCCUGAUGUCUGAAGCGGACGUGUUUCUCUAAUAAUAAGACUGAAGAGUCGCUCAGCUGGCAUAGCUGAGGCUUUCCUGCUUUCAAGAUAGUACUAAUUCUGUUCUUUGGCAACAUAAUUUGAGGCCAAAAGUGUUGUAUUAGUCUAGCUGUAGAUGAGAACCUGAACUCUAAAAUAGGAUUUAGGCAGAGCUUAGACACUUCUGAGUAGAAGUUUUCUGGAUAAAAAUUUUGGACUGAAGUCAUUUAAUCCUGGAGAUGCCCUAAUUUACCAGGUGUGUCCUGUUUGACCUGAAAGUUCCUGCAGUAAAUUGAGUUCUUUUCAUCACAUUCCACAGAAUCACCUUAGUUUGGGCAACUUUGUGCCUCUCUUCCGCCCAGCCUUGCUGAGACUCAAAACCUGUUCUCUGUUCCACUGAAAGCUUCAAUCAGGUGGGAUCGCUCAGGGCAUAUAUAACACACGCUUCUGAGACUGGGCAUUUCUCAAGUAGAAUAAAGCCACUUCUUAUGUGAAAUUCAGCCUUAAAGAAGAUAGUCAUGGUGGUGCUGUGCUCACCUCUCUAAUCAUUAGACUACUAUAUUAGAGCGCUCACACUGUGUGAGGCAGUGUGAGGAGAUUCAAACUCCUGCAUUCUCAGGUAAGCUUCUUUCAGAUAACCAAACUGCAGUCAUGGCUUGUUGGAGAGUCUAUCUGCUGCUGACGGUGGAGCUGUGGAAAGAAAACGUUCAUAGUAAAAGAAUGGAAGAACUGUUCUGAUUCUGUAGUCUGGUAGACAAGGCACCCAGCUAAGACAAAGAAACUCCCUGUAGUCAGAUCUACUUUCCACUACUCCUACUUUACAUUUCAUUAAAAAGCAGAGUCUGUUCUAAAUUAGAAGUUUUUUCUCACUUAUCACUACUAGCAGCUGGCUGUGACAUAGUGGUACCGGUGUAAGCCCUACAAGUCAUAGGCGAAGUGUCUCUGCACCAGCAGAGCUUGACCCAGUUGCAAGCUGAGAAAACACUGAUACAAUAUAUCAAUGUACCUGUCUGCAUUUGGUGUUUUGUUAAUGCCGCUGUGCUAGUGAUAAGCUGUCACAAUGGCUGUAACAGGACCAAGUGCCCACUGUAGAAAAGACUUACCCAAUCGCAAACGCAGCUC